AACUCACUUACUCACGUGAUUAUUGGUAAUCUACAUUUAUUUCAAACAUACAUUAUUCUGUUAUUUUAUAUUUGUUAAUUGUAUUAUUUUUUUUUUAAAUUAUUGUACUAGCGUAUUGAACCCAAAAGUUAAUUGAUAUUCUGUUUUAUAAAAUAAAUAAGACAUUUUUAAACAUUCAACUCAGGAUAACCUCGAACUUAUUGCUUGUAAAUACAGUGAAAUGAUAAUUAAUUUCCAUUUUACCGAGUACAAGUGUUGAUUUAAUUGACUUAAUUAAUUCUGCAAAUACUAAUCUCAUAUAUUUCAAUUGUGAAGUGAUAAAUUGUACAGCGACAAUAAAAAUUUUAACAAUGGAAUUAUUAACAAUCGAACUGCGGCCGCAAAUUCAGUCAGGUUAUGUAUACUCUUUGUUACAACCUAAAAUUUCUAUGGAUAAUGUCAAAGUUACCGUUAAUAAUAAUUCUAUGGUCUUAAAAAUUGGGAACAAUCAACUAUUGGUAAAUUUUCCGGUGAUUGACUUAAUUUCAUCAUCCUUUCAAAUAAUAGAUCAAUGGAUAGUAGUUCGAGUUCAGUUUAGUCAAUCCAAUUUAUCACAUCAAAAUGAGGUUAGAAAUUCUAUUGAAACAAAAGCUAUAGAAACUUUGGAAAUAAAUAUUGAUCUUCCUCCAGCAAAUGAGAAUCUCAGUCUAUUUUGUAAUUUCUGUAAGAAUAUUUUAUUGGAUAACAUGGAAUUCAAAAGAGUUUUAUCUCUUCCAAGUGAGGAAUGCGAACCUAGCGAGUGGUUCUGUUGUUCUCAUAGUGAUGUUGAUUACAAAAAUAUAUUGUGCCCAAGAACUAAUGAUUGUUUCUACGGUUCGCACUAUUAUGUUUUGAAUAAAAAUAUAUUUGAAUCUGAAUUGACAAUUAACGAUAAAGAUGUUGUCUGUAACAAAUGUUCAUCGAUAUUAGGAUUUGUAAAAGACGAAAACUCGUUUAAAAUUUGGAAUAAUUCCUUGCAGUAUUCAUCACAUUCAUUUGAAGAAAAUAAAAAAUCGCCUUUUGAUGAUUUCAAGUUAGCGAUAAAAGAAUUUAUGAAAAAUGACGGCAUAUUUAGAGAAAUCAAAUUUUUUGCUUUUGAAAAAGGUGAAAAGUUGACAUUAUUUGUUAAAAUAAUGGAUAAAAGUCUGAGUUUAUUGACGAAGAAAUCGAUUAAUGAUAAUAACGAAGUAACUUUAGAACAGAAACAAGUGAUGAAAGUAUUAUACAAAGUAUCAGAAGAUGUAUCGACUCAUCCACAAAAUGAUUCCAGUUCUACUAGUUGUCAAAUUAGUAUUAUUAGUAUUAACGCAGCUAUAAAACAUCUCAUUGCAUCGUCUCAACAACUUCCGCCGAUUUAUCGUUCUACCGAUACCUAUUUUAUUGGUUAUAUAUAUUAGAAUAAAAUGUUCAAAAAUUAAAAGUGCACAUCUCAA